UUACAUUCUGCAUAUUCAAGGUAUCGAAAAGAGUAUAUAAGUAACUACCCCCCGUCAGUAAAUCAUAAUCUUAUUGAGUAGAUCAAUACUCCCUGAACUCCUGAAAAUGUUUGCUAAGAUUGCUGUUCUCCUCGCUGCUGUUGCAGCUGCUCAGUCUUCCACUUUGCUUGCACCCGGACUAUUGAAUGCUGGAAUUCUAGCACCCUCAGCUGUCUCCACAACUUCUGCCGUUGCAAUCCCUGGUGCAAUCACAACUGACAACAGAAUCAUCGGAACUAACGGAUUAUGGGCCGGUUCUCCACUUUUACUCAGCAACAGAAUCAUUGGAAACGGCUUGAUCGGAGCUUCUCCCUUUGCUCUCAGCAACGGAAUCAUCUCUCCUAUCGGCCUCCGUAGCGCUGGAUUACUCGCCGCACCCACAAUGCUCAAAACUGUUCUCAAAUAAACGGCUACUAUGGACGUAAAAUUUUCUAGCUCUAUAGAUGUUUAUCAAUCUUAAUAAAUUUCUUUUUGCAUA